AUGUCUACAAAUGAUCCCAACAUUUCUGAGGAGGAAAUUCUGCAGCCCAUGGUGAAUUCUGAUCUUGAUGAGAGGAGUGGUUCAUCUGAAUCUCAUCCCAAGGCCGACGAGGAUAUGUACUACAAUCCUGAGAGAUAUGUCCCAAUCGUGGAACUCGAAAAUCACCAACUGCGUAAACAGUUGGCAGAAGCUAAAAGGCUCAACGAAAAGCUAGCCAGACUAGCUUCUGAAGCGCAGGUGGCUCAGGCCCCACCUUUGCAAAAUGCCCAAGCUCUGCCUCCGCGAGACGUUCACGUCCCACCUCGUAGGCCUCGGGGACGGCCACGUAAAAACGCAGCCACCAGAAGAGCGGAGCAACCUCCGCCACCAGUAGAGCAGCCUGUCCAACCCAGACCCCGAAGAGGUAACCAGGUCGAUGGUGCCGCCAACCCAACUGCAGAGGCGCCAACAGGAAUAAGGAAUAACCGAACCCCCUCAGAGGCCCGAACUCGAAAUCCUAGUGCCACGCAGAAUGUAAUAGAGCCUGACAGAGCGAAUUCAGGGCCUUCUAGGCCCCAUAAUGGACGACAGCCACCUUCUCCAAUAAGGCACCCUCCAUUUCCAAUAAGGCACCCCUCACCAGUUCGGAGGGAUGCACAAUCGACCCAUCGUGAUAGGGAAAGGCAAGCUGGGCAAAGACAUGGGAAUGAAGAAACUGCUAAGGAGCGUAGGGGUCCCCAUCCCAUGAGGAGCCAAGUGUCUCCAUCUCAAACUAUUGAGACAAGGAGACCAACAGGAAACCCAUCUUGUAAUAAUCAUGCAACGAGCCAUGUUAGUGAAACUCUAGAUCCGUGA